AUCUCAUACAGAAAGGCAUUAGUAUAAUUAUGGAAAACAAUUUAUUUUUCUUAAUCUUUUCUUGAAUUUAAUCCAUAAUUGAUUAUGGUAUUGACCCAACCAAUCACAACUAGCUCUCGAGAUCCAAAAACCUUCCAUCUCUGAGAGAAGAAAAAAACUAGCAGUAGAGCACAAGUUCCAAAGUGACAGGCCAACUUGUCCUCUAGGAUCUAGCUGACCCUCACAUUGCCACUACUUUCUUUCUUACUAUAUUUCGAGCUUUAAUUUGAUUGCUUAGCUACGCAUAACUGAAUAUUUCAAGAGAAAAGGAGGAGCUUUGCGAUAAAACACUUUCAGAAAAAGAAAUGGAGAGCAGUGAAGAAGACGAUGAUUUCCCUUCUAUAGAAAGCAUUACUUCUCAGUCCAAGAUCGACUCUUCGUACCAGUCUCACACAGAAAAGGGAAUCAGAAAAGUUUGCUGUGAACUCUUGGAUUUGAAGGAUGCUGUGGAGAAUCUAUGCGGCAAUAUGCAAACAAAGUACUUUGCUUUCUCGAGAAUGUCUGAAGAAGUAGUGGAAAUGGAGCAUGAGUUGGUGGAAUUGAGAAAGCAUAUUUCUGCACAAGGGAUUCUUGUGCAGGAUUUGAUGACUGGGGUUUGCCGUGAAUUGGAAGAGUGGAACUCUGCUAAUGGCAACAUUGGUGAUUGUCAGCAAGAUCCUCAAGUUGAUGAACUUCAAAGUUCCUUGCUAAGUGACGCAGAUAAUCAGAAAGCCAUAUUCUUGGAGAAUAUUGAUGUUCUCUUGGCUGAACAUAAAGUGGAAGAAGCAGUUGAAGCUUUGGAAGCUGAAGAGAAAAACUGUCCAGAGCUGAAAGGUUCUGGAGAUACCUCAUCAAUGGAAUUAUCCUCAUAUAGAUCAGCGUUUUUGAAGAGAAAGUCAAUGCUCGAGGAUCAACUGAUUGAGAUUACUGAACAGCCUUUGGUUAGCAUUCUGGAACUAAAGAAAGCUUUAUCUGCUUUGAUCAAGCUUGGGAAAGGUCCUUUGGCACAUCAACUACUGCUAAAAUCAUAUGGUUCCCGCCUCCAAAAGAGUAUUGAGCUUUUCCUUCCGUCAUGUUCUCUGUAUCCCAAAACAUUUCCAGCUACACUAUCCAGGCUUGUGUUUUCAAUAAUUUCUGUGACAACAAAAGAAUCUGGUUUGAUAUUUGGUGAUAAUCCUGUAUAUACCAAUAGGGUUGUUCAAUGGGUGGAGUGGGAAAUCGAAUACUUUGUACGGUUGGUGAAGGAGAAUGCACCCUCUUCUGAAAAACUUUUUGCUUUGGGCACAGCUAGCAAUUGUGUUCAGGUUAGUCUUACAUACUCCUCAAUGCUGGAAUCACAAGGUCUGAAACUGUCAAAGUUGCUUUUGGUGCUCUUACGACCAUACAUUGAAGAAGUGUUAGAGUUGAAUUUUAGAUGGGCCAGAAGGGCAGCUCUGGAUGUGACAGAAAUAGAUGAGAGCUCGCUUUUGUCACCUAGAUCUAUGUCUCCAUUAUCUGCUUUUGCAACAUUGUCAGAUAGUGUGCUUGUUGAUAGUGGAAUGAAAGUCAUGGACAUCAUUGAAGAUAUAUUGGCACAGCUAACGCCCAUGGCUGUCUUGCAUUUUGGAGCCAAUGUAUUAACAAGAAUUUCACAGCUGUUUGAUAAAUACAUGGAUAUGCUAAUUAAAUCCCUGCCAGGUCCCUCUGAUGAUGACAAUCUCACAGAGCUGAAGGAGGUUAUACACUUCAGAGCUGAGACUGAUUCGGAGCAGCUUGCACUUUUGGGAUUUGCAUUUACUAUUCUGGAUGAACUUUUACCCCUUGCCGUAAUAAAAGUUUGGAGUCUAACAAAUGAAAGCAAGGAGCUGGAAAGUGAAAAUAUUGUGCCUAAUGCGAGCAUUACAGCAGAAUUGAAGGAAUGGAAGCGCAGCCUUCAGCAUUCUUUUGACAAGCUUAGAGAUCACUUCUGUCGGCAAUAUGUUUUGACUUUCAUCUAUUCAAGACAAGGAAAAACACGAUUAAAUGCACUAAUUUAUUUAAGUGGGGAAGGGGCGGAUUUGUAUUGGGACUCUGAUCCUCUUCCGUCAUUGCCAUUUCAGGCAUUAUUUUCAAAGCUUCAGCAAUUAGCAACUGUGGCUGGAGACGUGUUACUUGGGAAAGAGAAAAUACAGAAAAUUUUGCUUGCUAGGCUAACAGAGACUGUUGUGAUGUGGCUGUCUGAGGAGCAGGAAUUCUGGGAUGUGUUUGAGGAUGAAUCAGUUCCACUUAAGCCACUUGGUUUGCAGCAGUUAAUUCUUGACAUGCACUUCACUGUUGAAAUUGCUCGUUUUGCUGGCUAUCCAUCUCGACAUGUGCAUCAGAUUGCUUCAGCCAUAAUUGCUCGAGCAAUCAGGACUUUCUCAGCUAGAGGCAUAGACCCACAAAGUGCACUACCUGAGGAUGAAUGGUUCGUUGAAACUGCAAGGACAGCCAUCAACAAACUUUUGUUAGGAACGUCUGGGUCAGACACAUCUGAGAUUGACGAGGACCAUAUUAUCAUACACGACGAGAUGGUUUCAGACUCUGACGAGACUGCUUCUUCCCUUUCGUCAAUAGAAUCAUUCAAGUCUUUUGCUUCUGCAAACAUGGGUGAACUAGAUAGUCCCGUGUAUUUCACUGAUCCCGAGGGUUGAAGAUUUUUCGAUGACAGCAAUCUCUGAUCAAAUUUUUGGAUGUAAAGAUUCAAAUUGUGAAGCUUAGGACCAUGCAUGUCAUAGGAUGUAGUGCUCACAAAUGUUGUAGCAAAAUAUUUUGCUGUAGUAUCUAGUAAUAGUAGUUGAGAGGUGUAAUUCUAGAACUGUUACAUAAGAGCAAUGCUUCAUGCUGACCAACUCUGUAGUUGCUAAUCCCAGCUGAUGUAUCUUGUCAAGUGAGGUAGUUUAUGCAAUUUGGAAAUUAGAACCGUCCAGUGAAGGCUAAUUUUUACUCAAUUCUUGAAGCUGCAGCUGCUUCUACGCAAUGCAAUUGGUGGAAGAUUUUGAGCUUGUACAA